GGUGAUGCAGUGGCUUUAUAGCCGCCAUGUUGGAGGCUGCAGGGCUGGCGGCUCAUCUGCAGCUAAUAAUGAUCACCUGGUGGGUGGGGUAUGGUCGGGUCGGGUCAUUUCCUCCGGACAGGGCGGCCAGUGACAGACGCCGAGACACUGGUGUGAGUGGUGGCAGCAGCAGUGCCAAUUUCGCUGUCCAAAUGGAUUCUUCGUUACCAGCUUCAGACGAUGCAAGAUCAUAUCUUGAUGAUCAGGAACCCAAUUACCAGCUGUACGUGGCAAAUCUGCCUAACCAUGUGGAAGAGAAGCAUAUAAAGAGAUUGUUUCGAAAAUACAAUGCCGUCAGUCUUCGGUUGAAGUACAAAGGAUAUCGAUGUUUUGCCUUUGUAGGAUUUGAAGACUAUUCCUCAAUGCAGUUUGCAUUUCGACAGUUGAAUAGCUCCUCAUUCGAGGGCCGCUUUUUAAGGGUUCGUGAGUAUGAUAAAUGUUCCAGCUCUAAUGCGUCUUCAAUCCAAGAUUCCAAGGAUGAACGGAACAAAGAGGAUUUCUCCGCUCCAGUGGAAACUGUUACAGAAACCGACAUCAAUACGUUAAAAUACAGCAACUUAAAACUGAAGAGGACGAAACUGGAACUGGAAGUAUUGAAGUUGCGGCUUGAAAUCCAGAAGCUGCAAAAAGGCAGCAAGUCAUACACAGACAAUUGUUGCCAUGAUCCACUAUAGGCAGCAUCAGAACUGAUGUGAAGUAUAUUUCAACAAUGUUGAUUAUUUGUUUAAUUAUUAAUAUUAUGGUUAUAUAAGGGUUCAUACAGGUGAGCUACUUCAGAGCAUUUUCUGACUUUGUACUUUAUGCUGAGUGAGACAUUCUAAAAUUGUGUGUGUACCACAAAGGUGCUAUUUUCCAGCAUUUUCCUCUGAUACGUGAUGCACACUGCAGCACAUUUCAUCAGCAGACAUGUGUGAGAAGCACUGGGAUUUUCCUUGAUGUUUCAUGCCUCUUUCUCCAACUGGAACGCUUCGUGAGAGAAUGCUCUGGAAAUAUGUGUCAACACGAGUUACGUUCUUGUGCACCACGUUGACUAGUUUGGUAUUUCUCUGAGUAGAUCAGAGUCAUGGCUGUAGGGUACUGUAACUGUUCUUGUGGCUCAAAAGUUCUACAUUCACACAAUUUGGUUGAUCAAACCUACAUUGACGAGCUUGAGGUCCAAAUCAUUUGGUGCUUCAUUCAUAUGUCUGGUACACUACUUUCUCAUGAUUACUGGUUCAGCUGUCAGCCUUCAUCAUGUGUACCAGCUGUACUUGCUGCAAAUGACAUAAAAGCUGCCACAGUCCUUACAUUUUAAUUUAAGCACCUUUAAAUCUUUAAAUGACAGUACAGGUGGGUGUUAGCAGGAAGACCAAUCACAAACUGCCAUCUGCAUGGCUUCUGAUUCAUCCUGCCACUCACAAUCUUCUGUUUUUUUGGCCAGGGAUAGAAGUGGAACAGAAGAGCCAACCAAAAAAAGACUGCAUGUAGCCAGGGACAGACUGACCAUCCGGCACUUCUGGCAAAUGCAUAGAGUUGUGCUGGCUGCGUGCAUCCUUCCAGCUUUUUAUCUCCCCUCACCACCACCACCACCACCCAUCUGUGAGUGGAGGAUGCCACAAGGCCAGGCCCCCCUGACUCGUGGCACAGCCCCAUGAGCCGAGGCCACAUUGGAUAGUGUAUGCUGCCCCUGCCCAAGCGAAUGACAUUUCCCCUGUUCCGUCACAGGAAAAUGUCUCCUCCCCAGGGGAGGAAAGCAGAUAUGUAUGGCCAUACACGGUAUGGACACGAUAUAUGCUGGGUGUCAGGCUGUUAGAUAAGGAGCCGGAUGUAAUGCAUACUUGCCUACUCUCCUGGAAGUUGCGGGAGGCUCCCGAUUUUUGGGGUAGCACCCUCGGAAGAGCAGGCAGAUCUCUGCAUCCUGUCCACACCCUAGUGAUGUGGGCAGGAUGAAGAGUUACUUACUGGUAUUCGCGGGUUCAUGUGGUGGGGAAGGGGCUAAAAUGAUGUGAAUCGUGUCAUUUGAGCACCACCCCCUUUCUGUGGACCCGCAAAUCCCAGCAUUUACCCGAUGUGGGGCGGGGCUUGAUUAUGUCACAACUCUGCCCGCCCCGAAGUUCCCUCCAGCGUCCCCUCUCCAGGCUUCUCCCGGAGAGGAGAAAUGAAAAGUAGGUAACUAUGAUGUAAUAAAGCCCAAGAUCCCCGGAGUUGCCAGAUACCAGUCGAUCUAGGACAUUUUCUCAAAGGGGCAAUCACUUACAAGGCAGGUUUUUGCCUUGCAGGUGAUUGGCCAGCAUCUCGCACCUCCGGCGAUCUCGGCCGCCAUUACAUCCGGCCCAAAAUGUCUGUUGGAAAAAGAGACAUUUUAUCUGACAGUGUAAAGCCAGCAUUAUCAACCACUGCUCUACUACCUUCUAUGUGGUAGGCUGUUAACUACUUUUAACAGCACCAUUGAAAAUUGUGUUAUACUAGGUGUGUGUCCAGUAUUUGCCACAAGAGGUCACCAAUGCUCAUUUUUACAAGAUGUCUUCUACCGGAGAUGGUAACGUAGUUUAAAUUAUUUUGUAAAUUGAAGAAUUUGAGUUGUUUUUUUAAUGGCUUAUAGAUGUAUCGAGAAAUAAGUAAUUGCUAUGCCAAGGUAUAAUACAGUGAGAGUUUCUGUAUGAGCAAUACAUGGCACCUGACAUAUACUUGUUACAUUUACGUAAAUAAAUGAGAAUUGUUAUGUUGCA